AUGUCCAGUCUCCACCUCAUUUCAUCCUCCUCGUCACUCCUCAUCCUCGGUACAUCCCUAGCAACCUACUCUGCCUUCCGAUUAGUCAAACUAGCUGUGGAACAUAAGAAGCCCGUUUUGAUGAUUACCACUGGACCAACACGUGCAGACCCAUUCAUGGGCAAUGGGCUGGACAAGAUGGAUAGAGUAGCUGGGGAUGUAUUGGGGAAGUAUUUAGAUGAGGCUGUAAAAAUAAGUACAGGUAAAGAGGUGGAAGAUGUAAAACGGUACUUGCACACUGGUGUAGUAAAGAGACCACCUGAAGUCGAAGGACCGCGGGCAGAAGGAUGA